UAUUUUAACAUAAAUAAUUUAAUGGCAAAGCAAACACAAGAAACCAUGGCAUUGUUUACCUUGGCAACCAUGGCAGAAACGACAGAGGACGGUAAAAUCGACACGGAUAAAAAACAACUUGUUGAACUUGUGGGGGACUUGAAACGCUCCAAUGCAGCGCGACAAGCAGAAAUCGAUCUGUUUGAUCGAUAUAUUAAUCGACUGGACCCACAAACUCAUUCGGAGUCUUUUGAAACAGCAUCACAGCUGGAAAUGGCAACGAGUCCAGGAAGGAAAACCCAAGUACGCACUCCAGAGAGACAACAGCUCCUGACACUGGAACAGAAAUGGGAUGUCGCCCAAAGCAUGCAUAAACAGAUGACAGACGAUUUGAAGAGAGCAAAAGACCAUUCAGAAAGAGAGCUGAACAAUUAUAAGGCAACUCUGGAAGAAGCUGAUAUCCACUUGGCAGAGGUUAAAAAAGAAUGUUGCCAGUUUGAUCGUGACAUCGGUAAAGCACUGCGAGACAAAAAGAGUGUGACGAUGAGUGCUGAGAAGGUCAUCAGAUACAUUGAGGAUAAAGUAAGGGCCAAGGAGAACCUGAUUGAGCAGUUGUAUCAGAAGAAUGCAGCACUCCUCACAUACAAGAAAAAGCUACAAAUCCAGUUAAAACAACAAGAGGAGAUGGGUGAAGGGCUGACAGCUUUGGACUUUGAGCAGCUCAAGUUUGGGAAUAUGAAAUGUAGGAAGCGACUGGAUGAGCAAAACCUCAAACAUAUGGAACUCAAACUGCUUGCAGGGAAGACCUUGCAUGUCUUGAAUUCUGAGAAGGAGAAGCUUCAGACCUUGACACAUGAGUCAGAUGUGCUGAGCAGUGACAUUGCUUUACGAAUGAAGAUACUGGUUAAGAUUGAGGAGGAGACUAAGCAAGCAGAGGAGGAACGAAACAAAGCAGAGGCUCUGAAUAGGAAGUUGAGGGGCCAUUUGGCCGAUUUUCACGUACCACAUGUCCUACAAUACAUCAAAGUUAAGGAGUCUCAUGGCCAGCUGCAGAAGAGUGUUAAAGAAUGGGAACGCAAGGUGGAGAUUGCAGAGAUGGCAUUAAAAACACACACAAAAUCCUGGGCCAAGCUUCGGAUCGCUGCUGGAGCCAGACCAGUUCCUGCAUGACAUGCAGCCAUAGAUGCUGGAUUGUAUGUGUUCUGAAACAACAAGAACUACUAUGUCCUAAAUAACCUCAAUGCCCAAGAUGAUGUCAAAGAUACCCAUACAUUUUGCAUCUUUUGCUAAAUUUCACUGAAGCACAAAUGCAUCAAUAUAAACAAUAAAAAUGCACAUAAAAAUGACAC